CCUGCCUCCUCUGCUCCCCACAUGUGUUUUGAGUCUAAAUUUGGCCGGUGACCAAAGUCCGCAAGUCAGACUCACAGAGCGGUGUGAGAUCCAGUCUCACUGCAGCAUCGAGCGAAUCUCCUGGAUAAAAGAUAAAAGGAUAAAGGACUCUGAAAAGUGUGCAGGAAUUUCCUGAGUGCUGGGCAGUGACUGGCGAGGGGUUUGUUUUUGGAAACCCUGACCCGGGGGCUGUGCGUCGGUCUGGAGACAGAGCCCCAUGCAGCUUUCUCAGAAAGGCUCAAUCUUCCUUUAUCUGUCUGACACACCCUGACUUCACAGAAGCCUGUAAGAGAAACAGAGAUGACCCAAGAACAGUGCACUCACAGGAACAAUGUCCAAAGCUCUGAGAAACCACACGUGUACAAAGUGGGGAUUUACGGAUGGAGGAAGCGCUGCCUCUACCUCUUCGUGCUCCUCCUCAUGAUCCUAAUCCUCGUCAACCUCGCGCUCACCAUCUGGAUCCUUAAAGUCAUGGACUUCACCAUCGACGGCAUGGGUAAUUUAAGGAUCACGGAGAAAGGUCUGAAACUGGAAGGAGACUCCGAAUUCCUCCAACCUCUGUAUGCCAAAGAAAUCCAGUCCAGAACAGGCACCCCGCUGUUUCUCCAAUCAUCCAAAAAUGUAUCUGUCAACAUUCUCAAUGGGAAGAAUAAGAUGGUCACACAACUAGUUGCAGGGUCUAGAGGAGUGGAGGCCCGGGGGAAGAUGCUGCAGGUGAGAUCCAGCGCGGGGAAGCUGCUGUUCUCUGCAGACGAGCAGGAGGUGGUGGUCGGAGCCGAGCGGUUACGAGUCAUGGGAGCUGAGGGCGCUGUCUUUACCGGCUCCAUAGAGACCCCCCACGUCAGAGCAGAGCCUUUCAAAGAGCUACGGCUGGAGUCUCCAACACGCUCCCUGUUCAUGGACGCGCCGAAGGGCGUGCAGAUCCUGGCCGAGGUGGGCGACAUCCAGGCCGUGUGCAAGAACGAGCUGCGCCUGGAGUCAAAGGAUGGAGAGAUCACUCUGGAAGCUGACAGGAUUAAGCUCCUCCGGCUCCCGGAGGGUAAGGCCUCGCUCACAGCCUCCAGACAGAACGUGUUCGAGGUGUGCGUCUGCCCCAACGGAGCGCUGUUCCUGUCCCAGGCCGGGAGCGGCUCCACCUGCCAGAUCAGCAACAGCGUCUGCCUGUAGAGACCUCUGAGUGACAGCUGUUCUCUCCGCUGAUCUCAGAUCAGUCCCAGUACCAGAAUGAUUAGGGUGAUCACCACAUCGCUGACUGUGAUCACAAGCCGUGCUUCUGCACUGCCCCCUCAAACCCCCCCAGAACACAACAGAGCACCUGUCUGAAGGGAGCUUAUAUUUUCAUUUCAUCCAGUGAAGAAAGGGUAAACAUUUUUUUCCUAAUAAUCUGAUGUAUUUGUCUUGGUUAUUAUUAAUAUUAUUGCGCUUUUAUUUUGGCUCUUUUUACCCCUGAGGGCAUGAUUCUGUAGGUUCUCUCACAGCUGAAUGAAACAUCAUGUCAUGUCUGAAGGAAGCAGCGGAGAUGAAACACCCCUCAGAGGUCACCCCCCCUUAGACGCCACCCCCUCUCAGACGUCACCCCUCUCGGACGUCACCCCUCUCAGACGUCACCCCCCCUUAGACGUCACCCCCUCUCAGAGGUCACACCCCUCAGAGGUCACACCCUCUCAGAGGUCACACCUCUCAGAGGUCACCCCUCUCAGAGGUCACGCCCCUCAGAGGUCACCCCUCUCAGAGGUCACCCCUCUCAGAGGUCACCCCUCUCAGACGUCACCCCCUCUCAGAGGUCACGCCCCUCAGAGUUCACACCCUCUCAGAGGUCACCCCUCUCAGAGGUCACCCCUCUCAGAGGUCACCCCCUCAGAGUUCACACCCUCUCAGAGGUCACCCCUCUCAGAGGUCACCCCUCUCAGACGUCACCCCCUCUCAGACGUCACGCCCCUCAGAGGUCACGCCUCUCAGAGGUCAGAGGUCAUUGUUGUUUGUUGUUGUAUCACAGCAGUUGGCAGCUGCAGGACUGGGUAAAGGGAUGUUUUAAUGGUUUACAGCUGAACUCGGGUCAAAAUAAAUCCACUGAGUCCGUAAAGAUUCAUAUUCAUGUUGAUGUUCAAGCUGUCCUACGCUCCUGUGAGACGUGGUUCCUCUGAGGUGAUCACCCUAUCUAUCCCCGUACUGGAGCAGAACCGACCCGACCCCCCCAACCCACUCUGUCCAAAGAGGGGGAGCCUGUGCCUUAUUCCACUGCACUUGUGAAGGAGAAGCACAUCGCUUCUGUCAAAGAGUUCAUCUUUAAAUAUUUAAAUAUGAGUUCAUAUUUACUGUUUCCACUCUUCUCAUUUCUGUGUACCAUGCAUAGGAAUGCAAAGAUAUCAGCCCAAACUCACCUGUAACUAAAGAGCCGCUUUAGAGCCCAGAGCAUUUCAUCUCUUUACUUCAUCUUCUUUUGGUGCUGUAAGUGAAAUUAUGGCAUUCUGAUGAAGGAGGUGAGAACAGGAUUCAUCCAUUUUACAGUUUGUUCUCUGAACAGAUCAGCAUCUCGUUAUACUGUUCAUGUGUAAAUACACACAAUCAUACCAAUGUUUUUUUUUAGAAUAAGCAAGGAUCACGGAAUAUGCCACAUUAUAAUUCCUGAGAAGAACCAUGCCCUCUUUUGAAAAUCAGUCCUGCAGGUUAACAUGUACAGUGCUGUAUAUGUGGUUUUCCUGUUGAGAUGAAAUGCUCUUGUUUUAUCUCACUCUCCGUUUUGUAAAAUAGUCCCACUAAAGGGUACGGUGAACACACAACUGUUCAUUUUAUUUUUCGUUUGGGAAAUGACGAUCUUUGCAUUCCUCGUGUGUUGUGUGAGUGCGCUCUGCCCAGAGCUUUUAUAUUCUCUCUUUUUAUUUUUAUUAAGUAUGUUGCAUUUUGUGCAAACCAAAAACUGGGGUGGCAGGUAUGAGGCAGUAGCUGGUGUGAAGAGCACACGGAGCGCACGGCUCUCUCUCACGCACUCGGUGUGUGGUCUGAACCAGAGCGCAUGGCAGGACUCGGAGAAUGAAUGUGACUUAAACCUCCACAUUGCCUUCCGCUGCUUUAUUUCAUCUUUUAAAAAUCAUUCACCACCCUGGUGUCACAUUCACCACCAGCGUGAAAUACCAGUUACCAGCUGUUUCAAAACAUAGCUUGAGCUGUUUUUUCAACAGGGCAGGUAUCAUAUUGAGCAGGACUCAUUACCCGCAUCUUUUUCUGCCAGACAGUCAUCACCUUGUCCAGCGACGCUCAGUGUUAAGGAGAUGGUUUAUAUUCGGUUUAUAGUAGCAACAUGCUACCUUAUCUUUCUACAGCCAUGUGACAUGCGGUUCCUUCAUAUCCACACUCUAAACUGCGUGCUUCAUUUCAGCAACAUUAAAGUGGCAAUCCUUAAUGUUUAAUAUUUUCAUGCUGACAUAUUUGUAGCAAUAUUGAUUCAGUGUUUUCUUCUGAAACUGCCCUUCUUUCUGCUAAUGUCCGCUGGUGCUUUCAGGUCCAACAGCAGUUCUGCUGAAACAGGAGAAGCUGGCAUGCCAAAGAGCCUUUACAAUUAGGUUUGAUAUGUUGCUUAAUAUUACCUUGUCAGAUGAAGUUUUCUUUUUCCAAAAUGCACUACAGCUGCUUUGCCUUCUAAGAAAUAAACACUAGAUGUGCUCCGAGCUUCUUUUCUAAUGGAACGCUAUUUGGAGAGUGAAAACAAUAAUAAUAUGUUAUAUUUAUAUAACAAAUAAUUUGUUUAUCCAAAGCAACUUACAGUUGAUUAGACUAAGCAGGGGACAAUCCCUCCUGGAACAAUUAAAAGGGGCUGAGAGCCUUGCUAAAGGGCCCAACAGCUGGGCUGAUCUUAUUGUGGCUACACCAGGGCUCGAGCAACCACCCUUCUGAGUUCCAGUCAUGUACCUUAGCCACUAGGCUACAGGCUGCCCCAGUCAUGUAGCUUAGCCACUAGGCUACAGGCUGUCCCAGUCAUGUACCUUAGCCACUAGGCCACAGGCUGCCCCAAUCAUGUACCUUAGCCACUAGGCUACAGGCUGUCCCAGUCAUGUACCAUUGCCACUAGGCUACAGGCUGUCCCAGUCAUGUACCUUAGCCACAAGGCUACAGGCUGCCCCAGUCAUGUACCUUAGCCACUAGGCUACAGGCUGCCCCAGUCAUGUACCUUAGCCACUAGGCUACAGGCUGCCCCAGUCAUGUACCUUAGCCACUAGGCUACAGGCUGCCCCAGUCAUGUACCUUAGCCACUAGGCUACAGGCUGCCCUAGUCAUGUACCUUAGCCACUAGGCUACAGGCUGCCCCAGUCAUGUACCUUAGCCACUAGGCUACAGGCUGCCCCAGUCAUGUACCUUA